GGCUGCUGUAUUGCUGAAGUCCAGAUCUGGUUAACCCAGUCUUCCAGACCGUGUGUUCCAUGCUUUGAGAUCAGGAGGACCUUGGUGUUCUGAAAUGAAGAUGGAGGCAGUGGGAAAAGCAGAAGAACUUGUUGAUUCGGAAGUUCCAACAAAGACUUCUGAAAAGCAAGAGACUGCUCCUGAUGAAGAUGGACCUAUAGAACUGGAGACACAAGCUCAGAAAGACGACGUGCCCGCUGCAGCAGACUCUGCGGUGCUCUCUUCCAUGCCUUGCUUACUGAUGGAACUGAGGCGAGACUCCUCGGAGUCUCAGCUAGCAUCUACAGAGAGUGAUAAGCCAACGGGUGGUCGAGUUUAUGAGAGUGACUCUUCUAAUCAUUGCAUGCUUUCCCCUUCUUCCAGUGGGCAUUUGGCUGACUCAGAUACGUUGUCUUCCACAGAAGAGAAUGAGCCCUGUCAAGCUGAAGCUGCUGUAGAGGGAGACCCUUCUGCGGUGUCUGGGGCUGCAGUGGGGAGGAAAUCCAGGCGAUCCAGGUCUGAAAGUGAAACUUCAACAAUGGCUGCCAAGAAAAACCGACAGUCUAGUGAUAAACAGAAUGGUCGAGUUACCAAGGUAAAAGGUCAUCGAAGCCAAAAGCACAAAGAAAGAAUCAGGCUCUUAAGACAGAAACGGGAGGCGGCUGCUCGCAAGAAGUACAACCUGCUGCAGGACAGCAGUACCAGUGAUAGUGACCUGACGUGUGACUCGAGCACGAGUUCAUCAGAUGAUGAUGAAGAGGUUUCAGGGAGCAGCAAGACAAUCACUGCAGAGAUACCAGAUGGACCUCCAGUUGUAGCUCAUUAUGAUAUAUCAGACACAAAUUCAGACCCAGAAGUGGUAAAUGUGGACAAUCUGUUGGCAGCUGCAGUAGUUCAAGAGCACCAUAAUUCUUUAGGAAAUCAAGAUUCGGGAUCUUCCUGGAGAACCAGAGGGCUGCUAGAUGAACUGAGCACUGAUACAGGUCAUUUGGAUCCAGGCUUCCUUGCAAGUGACAGAACCUCUACUGGUAAUGCCCAGAUCAAUGAAGAGAUUAAUAUCGCUUCUUCUGAUAGCGAAGUAGAGAUUGUUGGAGUUCAGGAACAUGCCAG